AAUAGCAAAACGAACGUUCGAAAGUGAUUCAGUUUACUAUUCGACGGCGAACUGGUAACAUCACCUUUUACCAGAAUAUUUUUUCGAAUUAAACGUGAAGUGCGAAACAAUUCAAUUUUUUAUAUUAUUACCAAGGCAUCAAAAGAAGUUCGUUUUAAAACAGAUUCUCUUCAUAAAAAACAAUUUGACAAAUUAAUAAGUGAUUACUUAAGAUGGAUUUUAGCAAAAGUGUAAUUGGUAAUUGGUACAAGGGAAAAAAAAUUUUUAUAACCGGAGGAACUGGUUUUAUGGGUAAAGUCCUUAUUGAAAAAUUACUAUUUGCAUGUCGCGAAGUGGACACUUUAUAUGUUCUUAUGAGAUCGAAACGAGGAAAGUCUAUGGAGAAGAGGCUCGAAGCUAUGUGGGAGUUACCGGCUUUUGAAAGAGUUAAAGGAACAGACGAAAAUUUAUUAUCAAAAGUAAUCCCACUAAACGGUGAUCUAUCAAGUGAAAAUUUGGGUUUAAGCCCCGAAGAUGUCAACAAAAUUGUUAACGAAGUUUCCGUCGUUUUUCAUUUUGCCGCAACGUUAAAAUUAGAGGCUACUUUGAAAGAUGCGAUAGAAAUGAAUACAUCCGGUACUCAAAGGGUUAUUGAUUUGGCUAAAAAAAUUAAAAACUUAGACGCCUUCGUUCAUUUAAGUACUGCGUUUUGCUCGGCUGAUCUCGAUGUAUUCGAAGAAAAAAUUUACGAAUCGCCAGAUAAUCCAAGGGAUGUUAUCAAAAUGACUCAAUGGAUGAAAAACGAAGCUGUUGUUAAAGCUACCCCAAGUAUAAUUGCACCUCAUCCAAAUACUUAUACUUACAGUAAACGAUUGGCUGAAUCUUUGGUUGCAAAUGAAUUGGAAAAUAUGAGAGUUUGUAUUGUUAGACCAUCAAUUGUUACUCCAGCUGGUUUAGAACCAGUUCCUGGUUGGGUUGAUAGUUUAAAUGGACCAAUUGGAAUUUUGGUAGCUGGUGGAAAAGGAGUUUUAAGAACAAUGCAUUGUAAAGCUGAAAAUAGUGCUCACGUUGUUCCUGUUGACAUUGCUAUCAAUUCUAUUAUUGUAGCUGCUUGGAAAUUAGGUUCUGCACCAGAAAAACCCAAAGAAGUACCUGUUUACAAUUUAACCAACGAUGACGUUUUAAAAUUAACUUGGGGAGAUGUCUUGAACGUUGGAAGACGAAACUUUUAUGAUUACCCAUUUGAAAUGCAAGUUUGGUACCCAGACGGUACUUUACAGUCCAAUUAUUACGUCCAUUUCUUUUGGACUAUUUUUAUUCAUUGGUUACCAGCACUUUUAAUUGAUGGAUUAAUGUUUAUAUUUCGACAAAAAAGAUUUAUGAUUCGAAUACAAAAAAAGAUUUAUGAUGGUUUAGAAUUGUUACAAUUCUUCACUACGAGAGAAUGGAAAUUUAAAAGUGAAAAUUUCUUAGCAUUGGUUAACGAGUUAAAUCCCACAGACAAAGAAUUAUAUCCUAUGGAUUACCAUUUAUAUCCGAUUGAUAAAUAUAUGGUUUAUUGCAUUUUGGGAGCCCGUCAAUAUACAAUGAAAGAAAAUUUGAAGUCUUUAGGAAGAUGUCGUGUUCAACUUAGAAUAUUAUACGUGGUGGACAAAUUAUUCAAACUAUUGCUUAUGUAUGGAUUCUUUUGCUUGGCGUGGUCUUAUUCUGAUACUGUAAAGUAUUUAGUGGAAAUCUUUCGGGAAUACGCUAAAAAUUUACCUAUUUUAAGUAAAGCUCUCUCUGAAAAACAAGGUAUUUAAAGCUCAAAAAAUGUUUUAAUCACAAUAUUUUAUAUUUUUAUGGUGAAAACAUGAUUAAUUAUUAGAAUACCUUUGUUUGUAUAAAAAUUGUUUAUUUGCUCACUUUGUUGUAUAUUUUUAAUAAAUUUUUUUAAAUUAAA